AUGGAGGGCUACGCACAAGCCAACAGGCGGCGAUCGAGAGCGGAUGCAGGCCGCCUGACCGCAGGCAGCCCGGCCUCGAAGCGGAGCGGAAACGUCUCCCCAGACUGGCCCUACGCUGGCCGGUCGCCAGAGAAGGGGUUUCUCUUCAAUUCCUUCGGCCCAGGGGCGUCCUCGGCGCUGACGCCGUCGCGGCUCACGCCGUACGAGGACCGCGCGCCCCGCCAGCGACAGAUGCAGACGCUGCGCAAGUACGGCGGCGAGAAGGCUGCGCGGCUCCUGGGCGACACCGACGACGAGGACCUGGGCGGCACGCGCAGCACGCCGCCCACGCCACUCCCGCCCAACGCGUCGCCCGCGGUCCGGAAGGCCGCGACGCCGCUGCGCGACCCCGUCUCGUACGACCGCGGCGCUCCGUCGGACGUCUUGCGGGACGGCACCGCCAGCAUCACGACCCCGGGGGGGUCACCCAUCCACCUCGAGCUUUCGCGGUCGUCGCCGCCGCCGGCGUCGCCCGGCGCGUCGGUCGCCGAGUCGCCCUCCGUCAGCGCCGUCAGCCCGCAGCAGCCCAACGGGCAGGGCGCCCCCGCGGCGGAGCUGAGUCCCCCCCCCGACGAGGACACCUCCUUCCAAAGACCCCCCCUGCGCGCGGGGUCCUCCUGGAAGACCGGGUGGGUCGGGGAGCCCGGCGCGGGGUACUCCGCGUACAGCAACCCCCUGUCGGCCGACCCCGAGCCGGAGCCGCCGGCGGCGUCCAGGCAGCUGGACUUUGCAGCCACGGAGGCUGCGGGGGUGAGGGACGCGGCCGCCUCGAUCGAGGAGGGCGCGCGGCUGGUGGACCGGGCGGCGGGGUCCGGGAAGGUCACGGAUCUGAUCGAGGAGAAGGAGGCCGCGGACGUGGGGAUCCAGACGUCGGAGUCCCUCAACAAGAGGUUCCUCGUGCCGCCGCGCCAGGAGAGCCUCGUUCGUCUCAAGACCUCGGCGUCCUCCGUGGUGGACCCCUCCCGGCAGUCCUCGAACGCCGAGCUCAUGUUCACCAGCGAGGGCGUCGUGCCCAUGCACAAAAACAAAGUGUACGAGGAGAGCGGGGUCGGCACCGAGGACCUCGCGAUCGAUCCCGCCCGCGCGACGCCGGUCCCGCCCAUCGCGGAGGAGACCCCGCAGGACACGGCCCCCGCCGACGCGGAGGAGGAGUCCCUGGAACACACCCCCGCCGCUGGCGCGCCGGUUCCGGGAGCGCCGGGCCUGGGCGACCGCAUCGUGGCGUCGAUCGCGCGGCAGGCGUCGCCGCCGGAGUCGCAGCCGGAGACCCCGCGGCUCGGGGCGCGCGACGGCGCCGGUGCGUUUGGGUCCGCGGUCGUGGAGCCCGUCGUCGCGCCGGAGAAGACUACGUCCGGCGCGUCGCACACGACGACGGAGAACCUCGAGGACGUCUUCGUGAAGGCGGCGCCGCGCGGGGACAGCCCGCUGCGCACGCUGAUGCUCAUCCAGCUGGUCGUGCUGGUGGCCAUGGCAGGGCUGUGGGCGCUGACGCGGAUUCCGGGGCCGCACGUUCCGAUCGCGGCGGCCGCGUGCGCGAAGUCCACGUGGUGCACGGGCGCCGCGGAGUGGGCGUCGCGGACGCAGCGGACGCUGCUGUCCGGCCCGGCGGUCCCGCUGACGGUGGACGGCACAGGGAGGGCCACGGCGGUGCUCGGGUCGGUCCGGCACAGCCAGACGCGCGCGGCCGCGGAGAAGGCGGCGAAGGAGGAGGCGGCCGCGAAGGCCGCGGCGGAGAGGGCGGCGCAGGCGGAGCGCGAGGCUGCCGAGAAGGCCGCCGCGCUCAAGGCAGAGGCGGACCGCAAGGCCGCGGCGGCGAAGAAGGCGAAGGAGGAGGCGGCGGCGAAGAAGAAGGCCGCCGCCGAAAAAGCGGCCGCCGAGAAGGCUGCCGCGGAGAAGGCUGCUGCGGAGAAGGCUGCUGCCGAGCGCAGAGCAGCGGAGGAGGAAGCGGCGCGGAAGUCCGCCGCGGAGAAGAAGAGGGCCGCUGCGGAGAAGAAGAAGGCCGCCGCCGAGAGGGCCGCCGCCGACAAAGCUGCGGCGGAGAAGAAGGAGGCAGAGGAGCGCGCGGCAGCCGCUGCGAGGAAGGCCGCGGCGGAGAAGGCGGCAGCGGAGCAGCGCGCGGCGGAGGAGCGCGCCGCGAAGGCCGCCGCGGAGGCCGCUGCCGCGGAGGCCGCUGCUUUGAAGGCGGUGCAGGAGCCGAAGGCGCCGCUCCGGGAGCGCGUGCUGCAGGGCGUGCGCGCGACGCUGGCGUUCGCGGUGUUCUGCUUGCGGCUCGCGGUGACCGCGGUGGUCGCGUCCGGCGUCCUGGCCGCGGCGGCGUCGCUGGCGCUGCACACGGGCGCGGCCCCGAAGCCGCUGGUCGACGCCGUGGCGCGCCGCGACCCCGUGCUGGUGGCGUUCCUCCGCGACGCGCCGCGCAAGGUGUGGUCGCGCGGCGCGGGCGCGGUGGCGGCCCUGCAAGCCCGCGCGGCGACGCCGGCGGGCAAGGGCAAGGCGGGCGCGUCGUCGUCGCGGCGGCGCUCGAGCGUGCGCGCAACGCCGAAGCCGACACGCUCGCGCGCGAGCACCGCGCGCACGCUCGCGGAGGUGGACUUCGCGGGGUAUGACAGCGCGGAGGACUCGGACUGGCACCCGGGGGCGGAGGGCUUCGACGACGACGUCAGCGACGGCGAGCUGUCUGCGUACGUCGACGAGGACGACGCAGACGAGCUCGCGGAGCUCAGCGGCGCGGAGGACGGCGACGCGGGCGACGACAGCGGGGGGGAGUACUGGGCGCCCAUGGAGGAGGCGGGCUUCGGCGACGGCGCGGGCGCGGCGGAGCUGGCGCGGCGCGCGCUGGACCGGAAGAAGUCGCGGCUGCUGGUGUGGACGGAGCUGCGGAACAACCGCGUGCUCAGCCGCACGCAGACGGCGCGCGGGAUGCCGCAGAUGAUGAAUUACUACUGGUUGCGGGGCCGCACGGUCAACUACCUGCUGCGGGGGGAGUCGCUGGCCAAGGGGCGGGCGAGCGAGGUGCCGGCUGCGGGCGUGCUGAGCCCGAAGACGGGCGGCAGGCGGGGGCGCAUGAGCGUGUUGUGA